AUGUCGGCACAUAAUAACUCCACAUUUAGCGACCGGGGGAUCAACUACGCACAUUGGCUCAUUUUUGGACCCCUCUCAUGCCCCAUAGCCAUAUUGGGCUUCAUUGGAAACUACCUCACUCUCCAGACUUUACAUCAACCUCAGCUUUCUUGCAUUAAUUCCAGCGUCUUUCUUAAAUUUCUCACUAUUGCAGAUGCGGCUACAAUUUUCUUCUACUUCAUCAGCUUUAUCAUUCCCGUGUUGGCCUCAGAGGGCGUGGUAAAUUGGAUGGAUAAUUCAGGCUAUUACCAUGCCAUCUACCCUCUCGCUUUGACCGCUCAAACUUGUGCUGUGUAUACAGUCGUUCUCUUCUCCAUUGUUCGCUACGUAAAUAUAUGCCAUCCGUUCGGUCUGCACGCUUUACGAACUCGCAGGGUAACAAGAAUGAUGGUGAGUUGCAUUUUUGUGUUUGCAGUAAUUUGCAAUCUCCCACGUGUAUUUGAACACAUUCCCAUUAGUCUACGAGUUUUCAACGCCUCUUGCAAUUGUACUGAAGUGCGUAUCACGAGGCUGGGUGAACAGCAGCUGUACAUCUCGAUCUACACGUCGUAUGGUUACACAUUUGGCAUUUUUGUGAUCCCCGUAAGUAUUGUGGCAGUUCUGAAUGCUCGCCUUGGUUUUUUGCUACAUCAUGUGCGCCGUGAAUUCACAGAGAAGAGAGACAAAAUACCUCAACGUAUAUCCGUAAAAAUACAUUCAGGAGGCAAUCAUAAUCCCGCUCAGGAAUCGGACACUCACACGGAGCGAAUAGAAGAGAGUUAUCGUCAUCGGAACUACAUUCCACAUAGUGAAAAACCGUCUAAUGCCACCAAACUCACCUAUGCACGAGCACGGGUAACUGGACGACUAUUUUGUCUCGUCUCCGUCUUCAUUGCAUUCCAAUCUCUACCCAUGGUUGACAACUUGAUGCAAGCAUUCAUGAGUGACUUAGUAAAGGCAAUAUUUCCAAAUUACAGUGUCUUCUAUGCCAUUUGUCAGUUCUCUGUGAUGUUAAACUCAUCCCUUAACACCGUCCUUUACUGCUUCCUGGGACAACGAUUUCGACGUACUUUUGCGAAGAUGGUUUACAGGUGGCUAGACGGUUGUUACUCAUUUCUUGCCCUUGUAAGCUGUCCAGCCUGCCCCUCAAGCAGGUAG